ACGGGAGCGAAAUUCUGGUUGGACGGCUGGCCGUCCUCGCCGCACACUGGUUGACCUGAACCUCAGGGCUAGCUGACUGCCUCACGGCAUCAGCGAGUUUCACAGCAUGCGUGUGAGACCAAUCCAGCAAUUUCCCGGUGCCGAUCAACGAUAGUAGUCAAGCACACCGAUUUGUGUGUAUGGGGAGGACAUCAAUAUAUAUACCGGAUGACCGGCCAUUCUAAGAGGAGGGAAUCCAAAGCCCGACGCGCCUGCUUCAAGUCUUAGACCCCAAUACCCGAGCGUGGGCUCUCAGCGCUCGCACUUUGCUUGCUUGCUCCAGCUUCCAUCCACAGAUCGGUCUUUGUCUUCCACCAUGACCGCACACGCAGACGUCGAUUUGGUGCCCGGCACCGAGAUCAUGAACGAGAAGGGAAGGGCGGACAAAGCACUGAUUCCUCACCCGUCCCAGGAUCCACGGGACCCUCUCAAUUGGUCGACGACAUGGAAACUCACCGUCAUGGCGAGCCAAUGGCUCUUCACUUGGAUCUCCGUCACCGGCGCUCUCUCGAUCGCACCCAUGUUUCCGUUGCUCGGGCAGGAGUUCCAUCUCAAUAAUAACCAGCUGUCGCUCCUCACCGGCAUCACGGUCAUCACACUCGGAUUUGCGAACUUCUUCAUCGUGCCGUUGAGCAACAUCUACGGACGUCGUGCUAUUAGCUUGGUCUUCUCCGUCCUGAUCAUGUUGACUUGUAUCUGGGAAGCUCUCGCAACAUCGCACCGCAGCCUUCUCGCGGCUCGAGCUCUGAAUGGUCUCGUCUGUGCGACUAGUGAGUCGAUCCCGGUGCAGAUGAUCGCCGACGUCUUCUUCCUGCAUGAGCGUGGACUUUGGACGGGCGUCUACUUCACUGGCUAUUUCCUCGGCGCCUUCCUUGGUCCAGUCAUGAGCGGUAACAUUGCUGCUCAUCACGGCUGGAAGUCGUUCUUCUGGCUGGAGACUGCGCUUUCCGCGUUCGCCAUCUUCAUGAUUGCCCUCACCUUCCCCGAGACCAAAUACCAUCGUAACAACAGCCCCACCAAGGCCGUGUCACCUCCCGAGUCCAUCCGCAACGGUGGCGUUGUCUCCAGCCCCGAAGAUAGCGAGGUCGAAAAGCAGCCCUCUCACGUAUCUGGGUACGAGUCUGCAGGUGGAAGCGCCUCCAUUCCACCCGUCGGAAAGGGCCGACCAUCCCGUCAGCAAUUCAUGCCCUUCCAGAAGCCCGACUCCCGGUGGAAGAUGUUCGUCAUCCGCGAUACUUGGACGCCGGUCAAAGUCUUCUUCAACCCCAUCAUCUUCUGGGCCGGCCUGAUGCUCGCGGGUCCCGCCGAUCUCGUCCUCUUCUUCAACAUCACCGAGUCCGUAGUCCUCGCCGCACCACCAUACAUGUUCAACCCUGCCCAAGUCGGCUACACCAACUUCGCUUUCGUGGUGGGUGCUCUGAUUGGCCUCGCCACCGCAGGCCCCUACUCCGACUGGGUUGCUGCGCGGGCGACCCGGAAGAACAACGGCAUCCGCGAAGCCGAGAUGCGCCUCCCCGCCCUGUGGUUCUACAUGGCCAUCACCAUGCUCUCGCUCAUUCUAGGCGGACUCGCGUACCAGCGCCAGUGGCCAUGGGGCCACAUCAUCGUCUGGGGCUAUGGCUUCGCUGGCUUAUCCGUCACCACGGUGCCGACUAUCUGCAUCGCCUACGCCAUCGACUGCUACAAGCCCAUAUCCGGCGAGAUCAUGGUCGUCGCCACCGUCUGCAAGAACUUCAUCGCCUUCUCUUACAGCUACUGGGUCUUUGACCUCGCGCACGAGAGCAAGGACGGCUGGAUUACCCCGGCCAUGGUUAUCUUUGCUUGCACGGUCGGUCCGGCGCUGUUCGCGUUCCCGUUGUACUAUGGAUUGGGGAAGAAGAUUCGCAGGUGGACUCGGAAUUCGGAUGUGCACCGCAUGGAAGAGAUUAUCUAAUAUGGGAGUCUGGGAAUGAGUUAUGAAGCUAAUGUGGAGUUCGAAGCAAGGGAAUGCAAUGAGGUUAAUGCGGUAGGCUGAAUUUGAGAUUAGCGAAUUCUAGCGGGUUAUUUCAAACUGUUGCGUCGGUGGUGCGUGGGUUGUUUAGCUGACCCGCGGUCGAUGGAUGGACGAGGAAGCACUGUGCCUAGCUCACGCAAAGAGACAUAACCGAUGGAGAAUGAAAUAAUAGUAAAG